GCACGGUCCUCCUCCUCAGUUGCAGCCUGCAAUUCAAGUGUGCACCGGGAAAAACAUGAUAAGAAGGAUGUCUGUACAGUGAAUAUGGGAAGAAAAACCUUAUUGGCACAUAAAGGACCAUAGAAUGGGAAAACCGGAGGUCUUUUGAUCACUGACAACUGCGAGUGGAGUGUGUGUUUUUGUUGUUUUUCUUUUUCUCAUCACAAUGUGUGAGGGAUGGAUGUGGGUCGGAUACCAGUUUAUUUUUGUUACGGAUACAAGAACUGGCAAAGUAUCAGCAUGAAUUACUGAGGGAAAGAAAAUUGAUAUCAAUGUUAAAUUUGCCUCUGGAGGAAUGACCAUGGUGAAAAGGAAGGGACUGUUGUUUUCCCUGCUUUACUUUAUGGCAGAGUUUUGGCUCACUUCACAGCAAGUCCUGAGAAUUGGGGGCAUCUUUGAGACGCUUGAAAAUGAGCCCAUUAGUGUUGAAGAACUGGCCUUUAAAUUCGCUGUAACCAACAUAAACAGGAACCGGACCUUAAUGCCAAACACCACAUUGACCUAUGACAUCCAGAGAAUAAACCUAUUUGACAGUUUUGAGGCCUCCAGAAGAGCCUGCGACCAGCUGGCGCUGGGAGUCGGGGCUGUGUUUGGCCCCUCGCACAGCUCAUCUGUCAGUGCGGUCCAGUCUAUUUGUAACGCCCUGGAAGUCCCUCACAUCCAGACACGCUGGAAACAUCCCUCAGUGGACAACAAGGACAGCUUCUACAUUAACCUCUAUCCCGAAUAUGCCUCUAUAAGCAGAGCUGUGCUGGACAUAGUGCAGUUCUACAAGUGGAAGACGGUCACUGUGGUCUAUGAGGACGCAACUGGACUGAUUCGUUUGCAAGAGCUGAUCAAAGCUCCAUCUAGAUACAGCAUCAAAAUCAAGAUCCGCCAGCUGCCGACUGGAAGCAAGGACGCCCGUCCUCUGCUGAAGGAGAUGAAGAAAGGGAAGGAGUUCUAUGUUAUCUUCGAUUGCUCCUACCAAACAUCAGCUGAUGUCCUCAAGCAGAUUCUGUCCAUGGGCAUGAUGACUGAAUAUUACCACUUCUUCUUCACCACGCUGGACCUGUUCGCCCUCGACCUGGAGCCGUACCGCUACAGCGGCGUCAACAUGACGGGCUUCCGACUGCUCAACAUAGACAAUCCUCAGGUGGCCUCGGUGGUGGAGAGGUGGGCCAUGGAGCGACUGCAGGCUCCCGCCAAAGCCGAGACCGGAAUGAUGGAGGGGAUGAUGACGACUGAAGCGGCUCUGAUGUACGACGCCGUCUACAUGGUGGCUGCUGCCUCGCAACGCGCCUCCCAGAUCACUGUCAGCUCCCUUCAGUGCCACCGUCACAAACCCUGGCGCUUUGGAUCACGCUUCAUGAACAUGCUCAAAGACGCACAAUGGAACGGCUUGACGGGACAAAUAAUUAUAAACAAGACAGACGGCCAGCGGAAAGAAUUUGAUUUAGAUGUCAUCAGCCUGAAGGAGGAUGGCUUGGAGAAGACAACCGUGGGCAACAGCCGCCUGAAUAAAGUGUGGAAAAAGAUUGGUGUGUGGAACUCGCAGACGGGCCUUAAUUUAUCAGAAAUCAACAAAGACUCAUCCACAAAUGUUACAGACUCAAUGGCUAAUAGGACUCUCAUUGUCACUACUAUUCUGGAAAACCCUUAUGUUAUGUAUAAGAAAUCUGACAAGCCGCUGUAUGGAAACGACCGCUUUGAAGGUUACUGCCUCGACUUGCUCAAAGAGCUCUCCAACAUUUUGGGCUUCUCCUACGAGGUAAAGCUGGUGUCAGACGGCAAAUAUGGAGCGCAGAAUGACAAGGGAGAAUGGAACGGCAUGGUGCGAGAACUCAUUGAUCACGUGGCUGACCUUGCUGUGGCUCCGCUCACUAUUACAUAUGUGAGGGAAAAGGUGAUCGAUUUCUCCAAGCCGUUUAUGACACUGGGAAUCAGCAUCCUUUAUCAUAAACCCAACGGCACCAAUCCAGGAGUGUUUUCCUUCCUCAACCCGCUCUCUCCUGACAUCUGGAUGUAUGUGUUGCUGGCGUGCCUCGGUGUCAGCUGUGUGCUGUUUGUCAUUGCCAGGUUUACUCCCUAUGAGUGGUACAACCCUCACCCCUGCAACCCAGACUCAGAUGUGGUUGAAAACAACUUCACUCUAAUAAACAGUGUCUGGUUUGGAGUUGGAGCACUUAUGCAGCAAGGAUCUGAACUGAUGCCUAAGGCCCUCUCUACAAGGAUAGUUGGUGGAAUAUGGUGGUUCUUUACACUAAUUAUAAUCUCCUCAUACACUGCCAACUUGGCUGCCUUCCUCACUGUAGAGAGAAUGGACUCACCAAUUGACUCUGCGGAUGACUUGGCCAAACAAACCAAAAUAGAGUACGGUGCUGUAAGAGAUGGCUCCACCAUGACCUUUUUUAAGAAAUCUAAGAUCUCAACUUAUGAGAAAAUGUGGGCAUUCAUGAGCAGCAGGAAAAACACGGCGUUGGUGAAAAACAACCGCGAGGGGAUUCAGAGGGUCCUCACCACAGAUUACGCUCUUCUGAUGGAGUCAACCAGCAUCGAGUACAUCAGCCAGCGCAACUGCAACCUCACACAGAUUGGAGGCUUAAUAGAUUCAAAGGGCUAUGGUGUGGGGACUCCAAUUGGAUCCCCGUACAGAGACAAAGUCACCAUCGCCAUCUUGCAGCUUCAGGAAGAAGGGAAGCUGCACAUGAUGAAGGAGAAAUGGUGGAGAGGAAAUGGCUGUCCAGAAGAGGACAGCAAAGAGGCCAGCGCCCUGGGUGUGGAGAAUAUAGGGGGAAUCUUUAUAGUGUUGGCAGCCGGACUAGUCCUCUCAGUCUUUGUAGCAAUUGGAGAGUUUAUUUACAAAUCCAGAAAAAACUUGGACAUUGAGGAGGUGAGUGUCGGCCAGUGCGAAUGGCACAACAAGUAUUAACACGUUAGGGGACUCAAUCUAAGACUGUUAUGAACCUACUGCACAUUUGUGUUGUCAUUGUCAUCACAGGAUUACAGUAAUCACUGGGCCAGUAAAAAAAAAAAAAAGUCUGAAUGUGUUGAACUGCAUUGUUACAAUCAAAACAAAUAAGUUUUUAAUGCAGAGUUUUGUGUUUUCAGUAGUUUUUAUAUAGAGCACACAAACAUUUUAGUCAUGACUGGAGGAAUCCGUUAGAAACCCUUUUUAUGACAGAUGGUGGUUGAAUUCUGACAUUAUGACACCUGACCGUCUUGGCCUUGCUGUUUUUUUUGCAAAAACAUAACAUUGUGUGUGAAAGAAAUGUCAUUGUCACGCCAUGAUAUUGUGGGCAAGUGGUGGUAUCUUUUCAGGAAUGAUUGUCAUGUUAAUUUCAAUAACUGCAACAGGUUUGAGAGGAUUCUGUUAUGAAUUGUUUGCCAUUUUCAUAAUUACAGCGCACAGAAACACAACUGCACUGCUCACCACUUUUUGUAUGUAGUCAUGUAUGUCAAAAAUCUUUGGAUUUAUUCAAUAACAGUUGUUUCCAAUUUGUUAAUGAAUGAGUGCUCCCUCGAGAUUUUAUUCAUCAAGUUGCUUAAUGUCUGUACUUUUUUUUUUUUUGCUUUUUGUAUCAUAUGAAGUUUAUGAACAUGCAUGUUUAAGUUUAUUCAUGUUGAAAUUGUUUCAGAAUGACUAAAGUUAUGUGAGAACAUUA